GUUACUUCAGCUCGCCUGAAAUCUUCGCGGGCAACUCGGCUAUCCCCGAAUUCGCCGAGAGCCACGUCUUAAACUUUUGCACUCUGAGGCAGAUGACCUCUUUCCAAGAAAUGGUUGAAAGCGCCGUACAAGAUCGGACCGAAAGUCUGCAUAACAUCGGGAGGACGCUGUUUGAAAAUCCGGAACUUAACUACGAAGAGCGCAUUGCGCACGACCUGAUCACGGGUAUCCUGGAGCAAGAGGAAUUUCGGGUGGAACGCCACUACAUCCUGGAAACAGCAUUUCGAGCAGAAUUUGGGAGUGGAGAACCCGUUGUGACCAUCAUGUGUGAGUAUGAUGCCCUUCCAAACAUUGGGCAUGCUUGCGGCCACAACUUGAUCGCUGAGUGCUCCGUUGCUGCGGGCAUUGCGGUGAAAGAGGUCCUAAAGCAAGAUGUAACACUUACUGGAAAGGUGGUUGUCAUGGGGACUCCUGCGGAAGAAGCUGGAUUUGGGAAAGUUCAACUGCUUAACGCCGGCGCUUUCAAGGAUGCUGAUGUGGCCAUGAUGCUUCACCCAGCACCCGCAAGCAUUCAUACGUUCCCAAGCAGUGCCCAUGGAAAGAUUCAUGUGGAGUACCGAGGAAAAGAAGCGCAUUCUGGUGCUGCCCCCUGGGAGGGGGUCAAUGCCCUGGAUGCUGCUGUUGGUGCUUACGUAAAUGUGUCCAUGCUCAGGCAACAAAUGAAGCCGUCUUGGAAGGCUACCGGGAUAAUAAAGGACGUAGACGCCCGAGCCAAUGUGACCCCUUCAGUCUACAAAAUGGAAUUCGUCAUAAGAGCACCAAAAGCAAAGGAACUGCUCUUUCUGAAGGAAAAAGUGGAAGCAUGCAUCAACAGCGCGGCUGCUGCAACAGGGUGCGAGGUUGAAAUCGCCAUAAAGGAUCCUUUUGUGGAUGACGUCAUUACAAAUAUUACUAUGGCGAACGUUUACAGAAAAAAUGCUGAAAUGUAUGGAAUGCGAUUUCCUGACCUCAGCAAGUACCCUCUGCUGGGAGCUUCCACGGACGCAGGGAGCGUUUCGUACGUGGUGCCGCUGAUCCAUCCGACCUUCAGGCUGGACACCAGAGCUGUCAAUCAUACGCCCGAGUUCACGAAAGUUGCUGGGAGUCCGGACUCCCUCGAUCGCACUCUGACUGCAGCUAAGGCGCUCGCGCUGACUGCCUUGGAAGUGAUCAGAGAUCCGGAGUUGCUGAAAAGCAUCAAAGAAGAGUUUGAGGCAACACGCAUAUCCCAGCAAUGAAGCGACCUGCAUUAAACUUGCUUCACGUU